AUGGCUCAAGAGGAGCAACGUGGGAAUUGCGAAACUGGAUUACCUGUUAUCGGCGCACACACAGACGAUAUCGAGUUGCAAGGAGCACAACCAAUAACGAGAACCGAGAACCAAGAGGUUACAGGUGACAAGUUCUCACCUUACGACAUAUCCAGUGCACCUAAGGUCUCCACCGGCCUCCCAUCCGAAUUAUGGACUAUCGUACAAUCUGCGCCGGCAAGCUUUGAGCCACAGUAUUUUCUUGAAGUCAGCCGCAAUCUGCUCGAAAAUCCCAACAGGACAUCGUCGCAUCUGUCACGUGCAGAGCUUUCGUAUCAGAGUUUCACAGACGCUACGUUCAACCCCACAGCCAGUACCUCGGAGGAUCUAGCAAGCAUUGUCAAGCAUCUGCGACCAGAAUGCCGACCGCAACUGAUUGAUGGAGGUGUAGAAGGGUACGAGCUCGAGUACACAGUUGUGCGAAAACUUAUACCUCGAAAUCCGAAGUUGGAUGACUCGUUGAUGCAGACUUGUCACUUGUUCGUGUCACAUCAAGACAUCACUGUCACAAGUCCGCGUGGAGACGAAGAGACUGUAAAGGCUGAGCGGUACAUGGUCGUAUACAUUCCUCAUGCCGCUACACCGGAAGCUAUCCCCUAUUACCACCCAAAAGUUCGCUCUUUGGCAAUGCUAUACACCUACUUCCCACCUUCCUCACAUUCACCACCUAAGUUCCUGAUUCCCACAUCCGGACACUUGUCCAUUCAUUACUGCUUCUUCCCUACACUUCCACUGGAUAACCGUCUCUCUCGGACAGCUCUCAAGCUCUUGGAGGUCAUACAUAAGCACUCACGUGGCCAGCAAGCUGGGUAUACGAAACGCGUCCAUCACGACCAAGUGAUUGGACAGAAGAGAUUCCAGGAUACUUACGCGUACCUCAAGGGCAAGUAUGCGAAAGAGUUGAUCGAGGGAUGGGUGGAGCAGACACCGGCCGAGAAACACGUCUUUGAGGAUCUAGGGAUUGCAGCGUUUCUGAUGGAGCUCUGGGGAGACAUGUACCGCUCCAAGAACGACACGAACAGGCAAAACUGCGAAAACGGGGACGCGGAGGACGAAGAAGGCGAGGCCGAGCAAAGGACCAAAACAGCGCAAGCCAACUUCCCAGGCUUCGUAGAUAUAGGCUGUGGAAACGGUCUUCUCGUCCACAUUCUCAACGCCGAAGGCUGGCACGGCUGGGGUUUCGACGCCCGCCGAAGAAAAACAUGGGACACCUUCCCACCACAGCACAGCCAAAAGCUACAAGAGAUGCUUCUAGUACCCGAGAUCAUUCAGCCACUUUCUUCAACCUCAACUGAUUCCUCAACACUACACCACAAUGGUGUUUUCCUGCCCGGCACCUUCAUCAUCAGCAACCACGCCGAUGAACUGACGCCUUGGACACCUUUACUGGCUUACCUGAACUUUUCACCUUUUAUCGCCAUACCAUGCUGUUCGCAUGACUUUGGUGGUACAAGAUUCCGCGCGCCGGUGCAUGCGAAACAUGUCAUUCCUGAUCCAACGACUACGGCGUCGAAGAAGCCCAAGCAACCUUCUGCGUAUGCUAGUCUAUGUAGUUGGGUGUGCCAUUUGACGGAGGAGACGGAGUAUGUGGCCGAGAAGGAGCAUUUGAGGAUUCCUAGUACUAGAAAUAUUGCUGUGCUGGGGAGGAAGUCGCUCAAGGAAGAUGAACCGAAGGACAGCCGGGCGAGUGUGGAGGAGAGACUAGAGUUCUUGAGGGCCUUGGUAGAGAAGGAAAUGGGUGGGCAAACCAUUGGGCAGAUUUGCGCCCUGUGGAUGAAGAGUGGUGAUGGACUGUUGAAGAGUGGCAAGAGCGGACAUUGA